AUGUUUUUGAUGAAUACCAUUAAGGGAAUCUUUCAUCACGAGGAGGAAGCAAACAAUGACGCAGCAGGGGAAAAGGAAAAGAAAAACAAAAGGGUUCAUAUUAGUGAGCUGAAGGACGAAGUGUGGUUAUACAAAAGUGAGGAUAAGAAGGAGCGCCUAAGUGAAGACUACGCCAGUGAAUACGAAGAUGAAGGUGGGAGCUUCUAUGAUGAAGAGGGUGGGAGGAAGCCAAAGGACCAUUUUCUGGAGGUGCCGCUAUUCGAUGAAGACGAAAGUGGACGGAGCAUCCAAAAAAAUUUGAGGUCCCUCCCGAGCAGGAAAAUAAAAGCAAUAAAAAGAAGCGAAGAGUCCGAAGUCAGCGAAGAAAGUCUAAGCACCACCGAUGAGGAAGAAGACAUGGAGGAGCCUUUCCUCGACCUGUACGAGGAAUUAAAGAGAGAACAAAGCGUAAAGGAGUUCUACAACCCGAUGCUGCGGCCCAGACUGUGGCGCUUCGAAUUUUUUAUAAAAUACAUCCAUAACCUGGAAAAUCAGUUGCAGAGAAAUUUUUACUUAGUGUCCUUCGGGAACAUCAAGAAGCUGAAGCUCUACGGAGACCUGAAGAAGGAGGUGCUGUACACGCCCGGGUAUUCCGUAGAACCGGGGGAGGUCAAGUACUUGAAGGUUCCACUGCCCAUCUGGGCGGAAAAGGAGUUGAGCAUAUCCUACGAGGACUUGCAGAACUUCGAAGUGGCCAUCGAAAUGUGGUGCAUAAAGGGGUUCAUAUUCAAUGAGCUGUACGCCUCGUCCAAGAAGACGCUGAAGGAGGUCAUUGAAAACGACCCCGACACGAACAUCAUCCUCAGGCGGAGGAUCGAGAAGAGGAACAUCACUUUUGAGGCCCAGCGCUUGGGGGUGUACAUGCAGCUGUCCGAAAUCUUCGAGUUCCACAUGGCCCUGGACAGCUGGUGGUUCAUAGCGAAUUCGGAAAUGCCCAGUUACCUGAAAACCCUCCCCAAAAUUUUGCGGUUCAAAUUUCCCCUAAGCGAGGACGACUGGGUCAUUCACAGCUCGCACAAGUCUCAGAACAACUUUUGGCUCUACCCGGGAUACUUCUGUUUCAUUGGGACGUACCAUCAGCUGGCCAACGCCUUUUUCAUCCUCACGGUGCUGUCCCACAACACCAGCUACAGAUACAAGCCGCCCAUCCUGCUGGGGUCCUGCAUCAUAUCUUUAAAGUCUGUGACGGAGCACCCCUUUUUCAAAGGAACUGUGAAGAAGCUGACCCUAGACAAGACCAAAUUCAGGCAGGGGGAAAUUGUGGGGAACAUCAAGUGCUUUGUCAACAGCUACGGCAUAGAGGAAGGGGACAUCCCUGUGCAGCGGCCCGUCCAGCCGCUGAGCGACGCCACGCUGGUGAACCAGCUGGUUUUGAACGACCACUACUUGGUGAUCAGAGUCAUCAAGUGCGAAAACCUAGCCAUCAGCAGCAUCGACUUGAACAACGUGAACAUAAACGUGUGGGUGAAGUGGGACGGCAUAGUCAACAAAACGGACACCGUUUCGAAGAGCACCUCCCCUUUCUUCUACCAAAAUUUGUAUUUCCCCAUUCGGCUAGUAGAUAAAAAGGAGCUGACCCAUGAGAGUCUCAUAAAGAAUGUGUUGCCAGUGGACUUGAUUUCCAAAGGGGAGAUAUGCUUCGAGGUGCACAAUAACAAUGAAGUAAAUUCCACCAUUUUGGGGAUCUUCGAGCUCCCCUUCGCGGACAUUUUUAACUACGGCACGCCGGAUUACCGCUCCCUGGCCCAGGAAGCCUCCCAAAGCAGCUCCCCCUACAACGACUACAAGGACAACUACGACGCUGCGAAUGAGGGGGCGGACCUUGCGAGCGACAAUUACGACGACUACUACGUGAGGAAGUACAAAACCGUCGUGUAUAAGAACACCUUAGAACUGAUGUACUCCACGCUCCACCUGAAAGCGUUGAACAUGGAGAGCAUACAGACGAAGAAGGAGUCGACCAUUUCGGUAGAAGCCUUCGUCAUCCCCCCACUGCCCAGUGGCUUGGUCUUUGUGGAAAAGGAAAAGAUUCAGAACGCUUCGAUGAUUUACAAGUCCAUGUCGAAGAGGUGGGAACGGGACUUCGCCAAGUUCAAGGACACCUACACGCAGUGGUUCCCCCGGGCGGAUAAAAGUAGGAGCUUCCCCUGUGUGAGCAGAAACGAGUUCGACGGCAACCACUACCCCCUGUGCAGCUUCGUCACUUCGAUUAACUUGCCCGCCCAAGUGUCAACUCCGGGCCCCCUCUUCCACUGGCUGAACAACAUUGAGUACAUCGAGAACGAAGACGAGUCGUCGAUCUUUACCCCCCCGUAUUUUUUCCUGUCUUAUAAGAAGGGGACGAUACAGGACCACGUGCUGUUGCUGUGCUGCUGCCUGAAGGGCCUGGAGUACGACGCGUAUGUGUGCAAAGGCACAAUAAACAACGGGAAGAAGAACCACUACUGGGUCAUGACGAGGCACGAGGACGGGUGGGUGUGCUUCUGGGAAGUGACGAACAAGUGCAUCAUCCACCUGAAGAGGAGGUGGAACAACAGCAAUUUCUCGAGGAACGCAGAGGUGAGAGCUCAGGAGGAAAUGAUCAGCAAGGUGGUGGAAGGCAACGACAGGGAAAGGUACUACACAGGGGAUUACUUAAUGAGCUUUGUAAGAUACGGGUUGGAGGAAUUAAAAAAGAGGGAGAAGCAAAUCAAGGAGGAAUACGACUUGAAGGAGCAAAACAAGCUAUACACGAUGGAGCUUUAUCGAGAGAACCACAUGAAGGAUGAGCAGGUAGAUGUAAAUGAAGUUCUUUAUAACGAUGAGGAACUCUUUAACAACAUGUUCGAGGUGAAAUUUGAAAAGCAUGAAACGUACAGUUCUAGUAAGGCGUUGAAAUAUUUGCUGGAAAAUUUCUCCAAGCAUAUUCCCAUUGCUCCGAAGAUGUUUCUUCUAGAUUAUGAGAGUACUUUAGCUUAUGUGCCCUACUCGUCCGUCGAGGUCGUUUUCAAUGACGAGCAGUUGUAUGGGAACCUGCAGAACCACCACCCCGCGUGCAUUCUCUACGACUUGGAGAACAACUUCCACUGGCGCCCCCUGCUGAACCACUCCCCCGUGCCCAUCAAGAGUGAAAUCACCAUAUCGACCCCGUUGAGCGAUAGGCUUUCCGUGAAGUACACGAAGGACCUCGAGGAGGAGAUCCAAGAGAUGAUACUCUUCAUGAGGACCAAGGAGGGGCUGGACACCUCCUUUGAGCAUUCCAAGGAGAUUAGGCACUUCCUAGAAAUGUACAUCGACCUGUGUGAGUACAAGCUCAACUUGGAUAACAAUUACAAUACCAAGCCUGAAAAUUAUGACCGUGCAGGGGGGGGUGAAGCAGCGGCAGUUGGGGGGAAAGCAGCGGAAGUUGGUCAAGCAGCGACAUUUGGGGGAGAGGACAAAGCCCACUUGCAUUUGAGGAAAACGUGGUCUCAGUACAAAAACGAUUAUUACCCCAACAUCGAAGCGCAGUACGUUAACAAGGAGAACCUUAACUUUUACGAAACCUACCACCCAAGUGGACACAACGAAAUGAUAAGCCACGAGCAGAAGAAGCACCUCGCCAACAUCCCAGAGGAUUACAUAUACGGGAUGAAUGAUGAGGUGUACACGCAGGGGAAGGAGCAGUACAUAAAGAACUACGUUUUUUGUAGGGACAGCGCGGAUAUACUAAACAAUUAUGACAGCAGUGUGAAGAGGAAGAAUGUGAAGCGGUUCAGCAAUGCGCCUGUGCACUACCAGGAGAGGGUCCACGCGGGGGGGGAGGCAGCGAUGGGGGGUGUGGAGAUGGAGAGUGUUACGCGAAGUGACAGUCGAAGUGAUACCAAUGAUCCACCGGGGAAGGAGCCCCAACUGGGGGGAGAGAAAAACCAAGAGGAGGAUAUCCCGAGCAUCUCGGGGGAUGGUAGCAUCCAGGAAGGAGACCCAACAAGUGAAGCCAACGCGGAGUCGAAACGGCGGCCCCGCUGCACUGACCGAGCAGAUGUGCCAAACAAGUAUAUAAAGAAAUAUAACAAAAGGUAUGAUGGCCUGCUUAAGCUUGAAAAAAGUUUGAAGAAGAAGGAGAAACAGAUGAAGGAGGAAAUGAUGGACGUUAAGUUGGGGGGGGAAUUCCUCCAACGUGGUCGGCUAGGUAGGCAGUCCUUCUUCAGCUAUGUAGACACACAAGCAUUUUUGAAGCACACCUUGGGGAGGAAAACACGUACAAAAAAAGGGGUUAAUAAGUCAGUGCAUGAGAAGAGGUGUGUCAAAUGUGAUCAUCUGUUUAAUGGCUACCUGAUUAUCCCCUCGAAGGGGGACCACUCGGGAGACGGCACUGAAGGUAGGUGCAAUGGUGAAGGGACACAGCGGGGGAGGAGAAGUGGUGACGGAGUAGGUCCAUCGUACCGCGUGAACGAGUCAAGCACCACGCGUAGAAGCACCCUCCUGAGGAAGUCGCACCCCAGUGGGAAGAAGUUACGUGAAUUAGUCGCCAAGUGUAAAAAACGAUAUUGCAUGAAGAAGAUGGGAAGGGACAUGCUUAAGUUAAAAGUGGCUUUCUUAAGGCGUAGGAUUAGGGGGAACGGGAAAGGAAGAAGCGGUGCGCGCUUUGAGAGGAACCCAUUCGUUAGUGAGAAGAAGGCGGAAGACAGAAAAGAUGGCGCCGCUUCAUCCCCUGAUAGAGAAGUGACGGGCGCGUUGCAAAGGGGGAGGCUGUUCCUUUGCCAGAGCCACCAUCAGAUGUACGCGGAUCAGAAAUUCCUCGACGUGGGCGGCGGCCCGACGGGGGCUUACCAGCAGGGCACCCCACAGGAGAUGAUGGAACAAAGCUCCCCAGACAACCCGGUGGCGCAAAACCGUUUCGCAGAUUACAACGCAAGUGAUAUGUUACGUGGGAACAACUUCCAGGGAACCUUCUAUGAACAUGUGCAGGGGAAAAAUACAAACGAAGGACUGGGGGGUAAUGUGAAUAUGCAAACUGGUGGGGAGCAUCUGACGGGAUUAACGAAGUCAAAGGAAAAAGCCCCCACACCCAUCCCGCCAAAAACGUGGAGCAGAUUAAACCCCACGUCCAAGUAUGCUGCUCAUCAGAUUUCACAGUGGAACUGGUAUUACUCAUUGGAGGAGCAGUACUUCAACUGGCAAUACUACAAGUUCCCCGUGCCGCCGAACCACACCUUCGUUGGCUUCCCGAUUCAUUUUUCGACCAUCGAUUUCUACGAAGUCAAGUCAUUCCUGCUGCACUCCAAGCGUUUCGAGAACAUAAUGAAGCUGUCCAUAGACAACAUCUCCUUCCUCAUAUACUGCAAAGUGUUCCCCCUAAUUGGCGGGAUCAUGUCGAACUGGAUGUUCCUUGGCUGUUUGGUACCCUGGAUGACUGCACAAGAGCGGGAAACCAAAAUGAAGAAGCCCCCGAAGAAGGACAUCAACCAGAGGUAGAAGUGGGGACGAAGGG